AUGCCGAUCACCAGCGAUAUCACCCUGGAUAUCUCCAAGUUCAACCCGGAGAACGUUACAGAGUCAACAAAGAAAGCUGCGGCUCUCCUGGAAAACAUCACCACCAACGGGCCCCGAUGGUGGGAGGUAGGCAUCGAAAAAUAUCGUGAGAUGCGGGAGCUUGGUCAGACACCGCUGCCCAAGCCUGUCUAUCUCCCGGAGGCUCUUGAUGGCACUGUUCCCUCGCGCGACACUGGCCGUGAGAUUCCAAUCCGUAUCUACAAGCCUGAUAAUGGCCAGCCCAGCAAAGGCAUCUUCCUGCACUUUCAUGGCGGCGGUUUCGUGCUAGCAACACACAAACACUCCGAUAGCGUCCUCCGGGAAUACGCCAACAAGUGCCAGCUAACGACCAUUUCAGUCGGAUACCGUUUGGCCCCGGAACAUCCCUACCCGGCUGCCGUGCACGAUGCCAUCGAUGCCGCCGAGCACAUGGUGGACCACGCAGUGGGAGCAUACGGUGCGCCCCUCCGCUUUAUCGGCGGAGAAUCAGCAGGGGCCUGUCUCGCCGCUCAAUCUGCCCUGCAGCUGAUGCGAUCACGGCCGUCUUACAAACUGUCGGGUCUCAUUCUUCCUUACGGCUUAUUUGAUCUGACCCUCGGGCUUCCCACGAUAGCGACUUCGACCAAGCCCCUCAUGAUAAAUUUAGAAAUCAUGGAACGGUUCAACAGUGCGUACGUCCCGGGCAUGAGCACCGCCGAGCGCAGACAUCCUUCUGUGUCCCCACUAUAUGAGGACCUCCAAGCACUGGUUGCAGCUUCCCCCAUUGGAUCGUUGCCCCCUGCUCUCUUCCUCUGCGGGACAGAGGAUCCGUUGCUUGAUGACACGAUUCUGAUGAGCUCUAAGUGGAGCAUUGCCGGUGGCAAGGCUAUCGUCAAGAUCUACCCUGGUGCCACUCACGGUUUUACUGCGUUCCCCGGUCUACCAGUAGCAGACGAGGCAUAUGCGGUGACCCUGGAGUUCAUGCAGGAGAAAUUGGUUGACUCGGCGUGA